GUUCUGCAAUUCCUAAGACUCUUUUUCUCUGCUGAAAACAAACUCAAGCGUGUAGAAGGAAAAUGAGGAACCAAUACAUGUCCAAGUGGUUUCCCAUAUCUUCAGCAAUCUGCCUACUAACCGUACUAAGUCAUGCUGAAGACAUAUGUCCAGAAGUCAAAAUUGUUGGAGUCGGAAGCGCGGACAAGUUAACUAUACUCAGAGGAUGUCCAGGUAGCCCAGGAUCUCCUGGUUCUAAAGGGGACAUUGGACCAUUAGGAGAAAAAGGACGAGAUGGAAUCCCUGGUGAAACUGGGCCUCCAGGACAAAAAGGAGAGAAAGGAGAAUCUGUUACACUCCCUUCAAUGUAUGCUGCCAGGAACUGUAAGGAGCUGUUGGAUCAGGGCUCGGUUCUCAGUGACUGGUACACCAUAUACCCAGAUGGUGAAACUCCACUGAAGGUGCUGUGUGAUAUGGGCACUGACGGAGGAGGCUGGAUAGUUUUCCAAAGACGUUGGGAUGGAUCAGUUAAUUUUUUUCGUGACUGGAAAACAUACAAAAAGGGGUUUGGCAGCCGCCUGAACGAGUUUUGGUUGGGGAACGAUAAUCUUCACAUGUUAACCUCUGCAGGCACAUGGGAGCUCCGUGUUGAUCUACUAGACUUUGAGAACACAAAGCACUUUGCCAAAUACUCAUCCUUUCGAAUUCAGGGAGAGUCGGAGAAGUACAAAUUAUUACUUGGCGAGUUCACUCAUGGUAAUGCAGGAGAUUCCCUAACAUUCCAAAAUAAUAUGAUGUUUUCCACCUACGACCAAGAUAACGAUGCAGAUUCAAUAAAUUGUGCUGGAACACACAAGGGUGCUUGGUGGUAUAAUAAAUGUCACUACUCAAACCUAAAUGGUCAAUAUUUGUUAGGGGUGCACAGCACGUAUGCGGAUGGAAUCAACUGGAGAACUGGCAAAGGUUAUAACUAUUCUUACAAGUACUCUGAAAUUAAAAUACGACCUGUGUAAAAACAAAAUAAAUAAAUAGUAAAAUUAU